GCGAGGCCGCGCGCUGGCCGAUCCCGCGCUGCCCGGCGGGAGGGGCCCGAGCCCGCGUUCCUCCUCCCUACCGGUCCCCAUCCUUAAAGCAAGAGUCCGAACGCCCCGCCUGUUGGAGAGGGCGCCGGGAUCCGGACGGCCAGCAGCCGGGACAGGGCCGGGACAGGCCGACCGAGGAGGGCCUGAGGUGACAGAGCUGCCGCGGCUGGCACGCGAGCGUGCCGGCCCUGACCGAGUGUUUGCGGGCGCUCUGAGGGGAGGGGUCCCGGGCGCCAUUGCUGGCGGUCGUAGCGCCGCCCGGUCCCAGGUCCUCCCUCGGUCGCUCUCCUCCGGCUGGAAGGGGCCGUGCUCGGGGCCGUCGCCAGCCCUUGGCUCGGUCUAGAGAAUCGGGCGCCUCGGCCGCCGGCCCGCAGCUCCGUCCGCCGCCCGCGCCGGGCAGCCGCGGCCGAGACCAUGUUUGACAAGACGCGGCUGCCGUACGUGGCCCUCGAUGUGCUCUGCGUGUUGCUGGAGAGCAAUAAGGUGCUCCCAUCCUCUGGUUGACUCCCCAAAUACCUGCUGUGCUGAGCCAGGGACCCAACUACAUGAGCCAACACCUGCUACUUCCCAGGCUUCCAUGCCUAUGGCUGUUCUAAAUUUGGGCCAAAUAUAUCCAUUUCAGAGAGGCUUUUUCUGUACAGACAACAGCAUCAAGUAUCCGUACCAUGACAGUACCGUCACAACCACUAUCCUCAUCCUAUUGGGGGUUGGCUUACCCAUUUCCUCUAUGAUUCUUGGAGAAACCCUGUCUGUUUACUUUAACCUUUUGCACUCAAAUUCCUUUGUUAGGAAUAACUACAUAGCCACUAUUUACAAAGCCAUUGGAACAUUUUUAUUUGGUGCAGCUGCUAGUCAGUCCUUGACUGACAUUGCCAAGUAUUCGAUAGGCAGGCUGCGGCCUCACUUCUUGGAUGUUUGUGACCCAGAUUGGUCACAAAUCAACUGCAGUGAUGGGUACAUCGAGAACUACGUAUGUCGAGGGAAUGCACAGAAAGUUAAGGAAGGCAGGUUGUCCUUCUACUCGGGCCACUCUUCCUUCUCCAUGUACUGCAUGCUGUUCGUGGCACUUUAUCUCCAAGCCAGGAUGAGGGGAGACUGGGCAAGACUCUUACGCCCCACACUGCAAUUUGGUCUUGUUGCUGUGUCCAUUUAUGUGGGCCUUUCUCGAGUUUCUGACUACAAACACCACUGGAGUGAUGUGUUGACUGGACUCAUUCAAGGAGCUCUGGUUGCAAUAUUAGUAGCUGUAUAUGUAUCAGAUUUCUUCAAGAAGAGAAAUUCUCCUUUUAAAGAAAGAAAAGAGGAGGAUUCGCAUACAACUCUGCACGAAACACCCACGGCAGGGAAUCAUUACCGGAACAGUCACCAGCCUUGAAGAGCGGCGGGGCCCAGAGGAAGCUGGCCUGCUUCUUAAAGGAAAAGGAUGGCAACCAGAAGGCAUGGGGAUGCUUCUCUCUUCCCGGUGUCCAGGCCUUUAAGGGACUGCUGCUGCUGCUGCUAUACCUCUUGGAUGCCCACUUUAUCUGUGUGUAUAUAGUUACAUUUAACACAAUGGUUAUCUAAUAGCUCUAAGUUCAUUAAAAAAUUUCAAGCCUUCCACUAAAACAAUUCCCCACCUGUACAUUUUUAUUAAAAAAAUGUAAUGCUUAUGUACAAAUGUGUAUGUAAUAUGCUUUCUUGGAAUGACGCUUGAUUUAAAUAUAACAUGUAUUAAAAUGUU